GUGGGUUAUGAUAGAAAAUAUUAUGCUACUUUCAAUCUUAGACAGUUAAAUAACUUUUUCAUUGGAUAUUUGAUUUUGUUGUGCUUAUGGUUAGUCGUGCUUGUUGUUUUAGCUGGCAAACUGCAUAAUAAUCCCAUCUCUUGGAGAGGGGACUCUGCACUGGAUGAUGGAAAAGAAGUUACGUUGGACUUGUCCAAAGGAAUGUAUGAUGCUGGGGAUCACAUGAAGUUUGGCUUUCCAAUGGCUUUUACUGGGACAGUGCUUUCAUGGACCAUUUUGGAGUAUGGAGAUCAGAUGAAAGCAGCACAACAUCUUACACCUGCUAUAGAUUCUCUCAAAUGGAUCACAGAUUACUUGGUCAAUGCCCACCCUUCAGAAAAUGUGUUGUAUAUUCAGGUAGGAAAUCCCAAAGAUGACCAUGCCUGUUGGGAAAGGCCUGAAGACAUGAAAGAGAAAAGGCCUCUAACACAAGUGAACACAUCGACUCCAGGAACUGAAGUUGCAGCCGAAACAGCAGCUGCUUUGGCAUCCGCUUCUCUAGUGUUCAAAAGCUCCGAUUCUGCAUAUUCUAGUCUUCUUCUUAAGCAUGCCGAGCAGUUGUUUCAUUUCGCCGAUGCCUUUAGAGCUUCUUAUAGUCUUAGCAUUCCUGAAGUGCAACAAUUCUACAAUUCUACUGGCUAUAAAGAUGAGCUAUUAUGGGCAGCAGCUUGGUUGUAUCAUGCAACCCAAGACCAGACAUACCUGAACUAUGUUACUGUGGAGAAUGGUCAGGCCUUUGCCGAGUGGGGAGACCCCACAUGGUUUAGCUGGGACAAUAAACUUGCAGGAACUCAGGUAAUUUGCUUCUCUGUAACCAUAUGA